UUUAUUUUAUAACUUUAAACAUUUGUAACAAAUUUCAAAUACAUAUAUAAAAUUUUAAAUAAUGGCCGAAGAAGAUCCACUAGCACAGUUAAAAAUUGAAUUGUUUACGGAAAAUGAAACAAAGAAUGAAUCAAAUCGUGAUCAAUGGUCAAAUAAAACUGAAUUUUUACUGUCUAGUUUGGGUUAUGCAAAUGGAAUGUCGAAUGUGUUGCGAUUUCCAUAUCUCUGUUACAGAAAUGGUGGAGGGGCUUUCUUAAUACCCUACUUGUUAGUCCUCUGUCUUUGCGGAAUUCCUUUAUUUUUUAUGGAAUCAAUUCUGGGUCAGUUUUCUGGACAAGGUGUACUUGGAGUAUUUAAAAUUUGUCCGUUAUUGAAAGGCUGUGGAUAUUCAAUCGUGGUGUUGAAUUUAAUUACUACAGUGUAUUACCACAUCCAAAUACAAAUUCCUUUAAUUUAUAUAUGGAAUUGUUUGCAAGGAGCGUUACUAUGGGAAAAAUGUGAUAAUUCUUGGAAUACCGAUGGAUGUAUUGACAUUGAGAGUAAUAAUCAUACGUUAAAAGAAUCAGGAACCAACAAUCUGUUACAAAAAUCUGCAGCGGAUGAAUAUUUUCAUAACAAAAUAUUGGAAAUAUCAGAUGAUAUAAGUGAAAUAGGAGGUUUUGUUAGACAUUUAGUUAUUGCAAAUAUCAUAUCCUGGUUAAUAAUAUUAUUAUGUGUAAUUAAGGGUGUAAAAUCAGCCGGAAAAGCUGUUUAUAUAACUGCAACAUUUCCUUUUGUAAUUAUAUUUGUGUUAUUUGUACGAGGAAUUACUUUACCCGGUGCAAUUAAUGGAAUAAUAUAUUACAUUUAUCCGGAAUGGAAUCGAUUAUGGAAAUUUAAGACAUGGGUCGAUGCAUGUAAUCAAAUAUUUUUUACUGUUGGCCCUGGAUGGGGUGGCUUAAUUGUAAUGAAUAGCUUCAAUAAUUUUGGAAAUAAUGUAAAAAUGGACUCAAUUAUAAUUCCGUUGAUGUGUAGUUUUUCAAGUAUUUUCGUGGGAUUUGUGGUAUUUUCAGUAAUCGGAUAUAUGUCGUAUAAAACCGGUUUACCGAUCUCAAAAGUCGCGACAGAUGGACCUAGUUUAGCAUUUGUGACAUACCCACAAGCCAUAUCCAAAUUACCAUUUGCACAAUUAUGGGCAGUUUUAUUUUUCUUAAUGCUUUAUUUAUUAGCAAUUGAUUGUAUGUUUGUUCAAAUAGAAAUUAUUGUCCAAAGUAUUUUGGAUGAAAAACCAAAAUGGCGCAAAUAUAAAACGUUUAUAAUAAUUUCAACAAUAUUUGUUUUGUUUUUACUUUCACUACCGUUUUUAACACAUGUUGGAAUGUAUUACGUCCAGUUGUUGGAAUGGUAUUCAUCUUCAGCAUCCUUACUGGCAAUAAGUAUCACAGAAGUGAUAAUUGUUGGGUGGAUUUAUGGAAUUAAUCGAUUUUUAAGAGAUAUAAAGUUUAUGUUAAAAUCAAACAUUUCAUUAUUGUGGAUAAUUUGUUGGAAAUAUUUAGUACCAGUGUUUUUGCUGGUAGGAAAUAAUUAA